AUGGCUAUCAUCGGACGGACGGCCGGCUUUGGACCGAUGGACUGUCUCUUGGUACACCUCCGAUCGCUCAACUGGGUCGGACCACACAGGGGCGAAGAAGACGAGCUAUGGCGCGCCCUCAAGCUCGGCAACGCACAUCGGGUCCAGCGCCUCCUCUCGUCGGAGCGGACCGUGGCCGUGCUCGGGUUACGCGGCGCUGUGGGCGAGACCAUCCUCUGCUGGACUGUCCUCCACAUGUACCCGCGCUGCUCGCCGGACCAUCGCACCUUUGUCCUCAACCUCAUCGCAGCCUACCCCGAGCUGGUGGCCGAGCCAUACUCGGGCGAUUUGUACAAGGGCGAGACGCUGCUGCACCUCGCUGCUGUUCACGGCGACCUCGAACUCGUUCGUAUCCUUGUGGAGCAGUACAAUGCUGACUUUGCCAGUGCACGCGCCACAGGCUCGUUCUUUGCCCGCCGCGGCCGCGUAUACUUUGGCGAGACCGUACUCAACUUUGCCGUCUCCCGCGGCUUCUACGACGUGGUUGAGUACCUGCUGCAGGCCGGCGCCGACCCCAACGCCUCGGACACCCACGAGAACACCCCGCUCCACUUUGCGGUCAUCCACAACCAGCCGCGCAUCUACCAUCUGCUCCUCUCGUACCACGCCGACCCCACGUAUCUCAACCGUGAUCUCUACUCGCCGCUCACGCUCUCCAUCAAGUACCACCGCCCAGUUAUGUUUGACGAGAUCCUCUCGUCUACCACCCAGAUCAACUGGCGCUGGGCAGGCAUCUCCAACGUCACCUACCCGCUCAUCGAGUGGGAGGACCCGCUCCCGCUCUCGCUCACGACCACAUCCACCUCAGGCACGAACCCGCUCGACGCCACCUUGACAGGCGCGUCGUUCGUCGACACUGUUGGGCCCGCCACCAAGGCCGCGACUGCCGGCCUCAAGCUUCAGCCCAAGCGCUCGCUUCGUUUUCCGGAUCCAGUCUCGCCGUCCGGCGCCGCUGAUCAUGUAUUUCCACCAUCAGUCAAGUUUACCGUCACCACCGACGAGCAGCAAGAGUCCGACUCUGAGUAUGAUACACUGGAAACCGACUCGGACGUCACCGACCCACACCUGUUCAUCUCGAACUCGCGCACCCCGUCAUCAUCGCGCUCAUCAGCCUCGUCGGCUACUCUGCCGGCCAUCAAUGGCGGUUCGAUCUCGGACGAGCCGCGCCCUGUUCACACCUCGGCCGAGCCUUCGGCCCGGUCGUCUAACCGCUCGCGUGGGGCUGUUUCGUCGCCGUCUGAGCUCCCAUCCCCUCGCGCCGACGGCGGUGGACAUGCAUACCCACCGCUUCUGCGCCUGCCCGAGGUUCCCGACCCGCUCCACCAUCGCGCGCUCCUCUCCGACCGCUCCGGCAAUGCCUCUAUCGGUAGCGCCAUUUCGGGUGCAUCCUCGACAGCCGACUCUCCGCUGCGCCCGAGCGAGGUCUCGGCCGCGUCUUCCAUCCCGCCGUCGACGGCGCUUGGUGGCUCGCUUCGCCGCUCAUCCAUUUCACAAGCCAAGCCACCGUCGGCCGCCACGCUGGCGCCGCCGGGCGGUACGCCAUCGCCACCACGCGCUUCGCCUGCUGCCAGCGCUAGCAAGACACAGGCCAAGCCGGGCAAGAAGAAGCCAUCGCCGUGGGCCAAGGUCCGGUCGUUUGUCAAGUCGCGGACCGCCAAUCUGACCCAGGGCCUCGACGGCCGCCGCGGUCGCGGCCGAGUGACCAAGACCACGUACAAGCCGUCGCCGGCCUCGCUCGAGCUCCUUCGCCAGCGCCAGCCACGCGACCGCAAGGUCCUUCCACUUCUCAUCCACUUUGGCCGCGACGAUAUGGUCUUUCAUCCGGUCACCAUGCAGAUCCUACAGCUCAAGUGGUAUCGGUUCGGGCGCAUCCGCUUCUUCAAGUCGCUCUGCGCCGAUCUCAUGUUUCUCAUUCUCUUCACCAUCCAGGUCGGCCUCUUCCCGGGCAAGCUGAGUGGAGGCUACUUUGAGGCCUCGUCGUCAGCUGCCCGCUUCCGCAUAGCUCUCGAGUUUAUCAACCUCCUCAUUUGUAUCUGCUUCAUCGCCCUCGAGGUACGAGAAGGACUGUCGUCGACGCAGCCGCUGCGCGACGUUCUCAUCUCCUCACUGACCUCGACGCAGGUCCUCCACUCGCUCUUCCUCCUCCUCAUCCCAUCAGCGUUUGUGGCCCGACUCUCCGGCGCCGAAGUUGUUGAGCGCUGCAUCCUCGCCGCCGCCAUCAUAGCGGGCUGGUGCUCGCUGCUCUACUACGCCCGCGGCUUGCAGAGUCUCGGGCCACUGGUCAUCACCAUCUGGAACGUGCUCGUCCGCGACCUUGUGCGGUUCUCGGCCAUCUUUGUCAUCUUUGCCGUCGCCUUUGCGCAGGCGCUCCACGUGUGUGUCAAGUUUCGCGACGUCGAGGGCUACGAUUGGUGGCUCACUGCGCUCAUUGAGGUUUUUGCCGCCGGCACCGGCGUCAACGACUUUGACUAUAAGGACCUCGGGCCGACCGUUCGCGACGGCGGCUAUGUCAUGGCUGUCCUCGUCUUUAUUGUCUUUGACGUUGUGGUCAUUGUACUCAUGCUCAACAUGCUAAUCGCCAUGAUGAACAACACAUACCAGGACAUUGCCGACAACGCGCAGCGCCAGUGGGCGCUCCAGUGGGCGUCGAUUAUCCUCGACGCCGAACGCAAGCUCGACAUCCGCGAGCGGGUCCGGCUUCAGAUCGGAACUGUCGACAAGUACGGCGUUCGCGGCUACACAGUCAUGCUCCCGUUCUCGGCUGCCACGGUGGCACUCUGGGAUGGCUUUGUUGCCCAGCUCCGCGACACCCUACUCCGCCGGCCGCUGCACGACAUUGUCCCGCCAGACCCGCCCAUUCCCGCCAACAUGCCCAACCAAACCGGAAACAAGUUCUCGCUCUAUGGCGCUUCGCACGACGAGCCGGCACUCGUACGCCAGGCCUCGGUCUCGUCUCACGAUCUCACCGUCUCGCUCCGCGCGCCAUCGGGAGCCUCGCUCGGCUUCUCGUCGGCCGAGCCACCGCUGGUCACGCCAGUCGUCCCGCCGCCGCCUCCGAUGACGCCGCACCGCCCGACGGUCCGUGCCUCGGACGAGUACAUGCGCAAGUACCGCGCCCGAGCGCUCUCGAUCUCGCAGCUCCUCGAGCCGAGCUAGGAUGCCGAGCGCCGCUGAGCAAACGAGGCUAGCUUUACUCACUUGCGCACAAUCUGCACAAUGUCUUCGUCCUCCAGAACGUGGCUCAGGCCGCACCGCUGCGGGUUGUGCUGCACAGACUUGCCCCACACCCACGCGUACUUGAAC